AUGGACCGUAUUUCAAGACAUUUAAACCGCGACGAGUGUGUUGAGGCAGUUACUUUAGCCAAUGAAGGAAUAAGUUAUCGUGAAAUAGGCUUGAGAUUAGGAGUUUCUCAUACAACAAUAUCACGUGCCGUUCAACGAUUUCAAGAGACAAAUGAUCAUACAAGACGACCUGGACAAGGAAGAAGGAGAGUCACAACACUACGCCAAGAUCGUUUUAUUAGACUUCGUGCUUUAAGGGAACGUUUUGUUGCAAUGAGAAACUUACAGAUACAAGUAGCAGAUGUUCAUAAUAUUCGAAUUAGUACUAACACUGAACAAAGGCGUCUCGCCGAAGGUGAUUUGCAUGCAAGGAUUCCUGCCAGAGCACCAAAUUUAAACGCAAAUCAUCGUAGAAGGAGAUUGCAAUUUUCCAGAGAACAUCUUGACUGGAAUGCUGAUGACUGGGAACAGCUCAGAUAG